CAGCUAAUAACUGGUCUUUCGGCAUUUAUGUAUUGGUUUUCAAUGUUCCUUUGUGACAUCCUUGUGAAUGCUACAAUAUCAUUUUUUGUUAUGAUACCAUUGUUCGUAUACAGUUUUAUUGCUUUUCACCAUUUUCAAAUUCCAGUUGAUCUUUUUGUCCUCCUCCUGCUGUUUGGACUGAGUAUUAUUCCGCUUUGCUAUAUAUUAUCAUUAUUCAUAUCAAAACCUAGUACAGCAUUUGCUUGCAUGUGGAUGUAUUGCAUUUCAUUAGGUGCUAUAAAUAUUGUAAAUCUUGCUUCCAAAAAGGAUAUUUUAGACACCGAUCAUCUUACGUAUUGGCUUUUACGAUUCUUACCUGGAUUUUGCUUUUUUGAAGGUGUACUAAAUUUGUACAUGAAAACAUUCUUAAUCCCCUCUUGUAUCAGGAUUCCAUUUAUGUUUAUUGAAUAUUUUUGCAGACAAGAUGUUGUGGAUCAUCCUCUUAUAAAAUGUUGUAAAGAAGAGAAUAUUUUCCAAACUACUUUAGACACAAAAAUUGUAAUUCUACUGCUGUUUAAUAUGCUUGUUGUCUUUACUUCUUUAAUAUUUCUUGAAAAUGCGUUUGAUAAAAUGUAUGGCGGAUACGUCCCAUUCCAAGGAUACCUAAACAAAUCUGUUGAGAAACAGGAUAAAUCUGAGGAGGACAUUAUUAAUGAAGCAAAUCGCAUUAAACAUCUAGUAGCUGAUGGAGACACAACUGAAAUUCUAAAAGUUAUUGAUCUCUCCAAAAAAGUGCAAGGAAACUACAUAGUGGAUCAUUUAACAUUUUCUGUUCCUGAAGGUGAUUGCUUGGGAAUUAUUGGAUCUUUUGGUGUUGGUAAAACAGCAACAAUGGCCAUGCUUUCUGGUGCAAUUUCCCCUUCUGAAGGAGAUGCUUACAUAAAAGAUAGCUCUUUGAGUUAUUGCCUGAAAAGAUUUCAGACAUUUAUUGGUUACUGUCCACAGAGCAAUACUUUAUUAAAUCUUUUGACUGGCUAUGAAAUGUUAACAUUGUUUGCUAAUCUUCGAGGUGUAUCAGAUGAAGCAUUUGUGAAGCUGAUUAUACAUAAAAUGGAUUUGCAGGAGGAUGGAACUACUUUGAUCAAAAAUUACAGCUUUGGAGAUAAAAGAAAAUUAGCUGUAGCAGUUGCUGCCAUGGGAAUGCCUCCUGUCAUGCUUUUGGAUGAACCAACUACUGGUGUUGAUUUUGAAUCUCAGAGAAAAAUUUUGCAAUUUAUCAAAGAGCUUGUGGAUACAAAAACUCAAGCAAUUGUUCUUGCAUCCAGCAGUAUUUUUGAUUGUCAAGAGGUCUGCACAAGAUUUGCAGUCAUGGACAAUGGGCGAUUUCGUCACAUUUGUUCUAUGCCACAACUGGAAGAAAAGUAUUCAUCAGGCUAUAUGAUGACUAUAAUUCUAAAAAUGGAAAAACAAGAUGACAUGGACUAUGUGCGUGAAGUAAUACAUUGCAUUGAAUGCAAUAUACCAGGAUCCAUGUUGAUGAAGUUCGAUAAGGGAGUGUUCAUAUAUCGUGUAUCAGAUCCAGUGAUAGAAUUGUGUCAGCUGUGUAAGUUCAUGCAAUUUCUGAAUGGAAUAUUUGAAUUCUAUAAAUAUUUUGUGACGGAUAUUUCAUUUAUUCGUGUGAGUUUUGCCCACACUUUAAUUACAUGAAGAAAUGGUUGAUUAACGCAACCAUAUUUUGAAGUUAAAUGUAUGAAAUUUGAGCACA